GUAGGGCAAGGAGCAGGGAAGGCAAGCCGCUAGCCCCAACGGUGGGGCGGCGGCGGCAGCGGGGUCUUGUCCGCCGUCCUGGAGUGCCGCUCUCCCUCCCUCCCUCCCCGGCGAGGCCCUCCUCCCUCUGGCCUUCCCCAAUGUGUGACCCGCGGGAGCUACGGAGCCGAGCCUUCGGCGCCAAGACUCACCGGCGCCAACGUUCCAAACCGAACUUAGCAUCACUGACCAACCAUUUGUUGUUUCAUUUUCAGACCUUAGCAUCACUGACCAACCCUUUGGCAAGUGAUAGCUAUCUGGCAACUGAUAGCUUUUCACCCAAAUUUGGCACAAACAAACUGCAUCAGACAAUGUCAUCAUCGGAUGCAUCGCCAGACUCUAAGUGCCCAAUCUGCCUGGACAGAUUUGAGAAUGUGGCCUACUUGGACCGUUGUUGGCACAGAUUCUGCUUCCGGUGUGUGCAAGAGUGGUCCAAAAACAAAGCAGAAUGCCCUCUGUGCAAACAGCCUUUUCACUCCAUUGUGCACAGUAUGAGGUCUGAAAACCACUUUAAGGUAUAUACAGUAAAGCCUUCUGAAACAGACUCCUUUGCCAAUCCUGAUGGAAGGAGAUUCCGUUACCGGACGACAGUAACAAGGGAACGUCGUGCUUCUAGUUAUUCCCGAAGAAAUCCAACCACUAGGAGGACAGCAUCUCCUCCUGAUAAUGGGAUCUUGUUUGAAGGCCUGUCGGGCCAGACAACUGGACAGCGAAAUGCAGAAAUAAGUCACAUGAUCAGACGGCUUCAAUCGAGGCGACAAGCCAACUUAGAGGGCAGAUCUAUGCGACAAAUUCAGGAACAGGAAAUUAUUAACUUCCGAAGAGCUCUCUAUCGUGCUGGAACACGUGUUCGAAGCAUUGAAGAUGGGGGGCGCUAUAGAGACAUAUCAGCUGAAUUUUUUCGCAGGAAUCCUGCCUGCCUUCAUAGACUUGUUCCUUGGCUGAAGCGUGAGCUCACUGUCCUCUUUGGUGCUCAUGGGUCUCUAGUCAAUAUUGUACAACAUAUCAUCAUGAGCAAUGUCACUAGGUAUGACCUAGAGAGCCAGGCAUUUGCAGAUGAAUUAAAACCUUUCUUGCUUCAUAGGACAGAACACUUUUUACAUGAAUUUAUCAACUUUGCCAGAUGUCCUUUUAACAUAGAAGCGUAUGAUCAGCAUGCCAAUUAUGACUGUCCUGCUCCGUCAUAUGAAGAAGGAAGCCGGUCUGAGUCUUCCAUUAUUACCAUCUCUCCAGAUGAGGCAGAUUCCCAGGAAGCAGAAGGUAAUGCCUUCACAGCUGGUACUGACCAGGCACCUUGGGAUGAUGAAACUCCUGGCCCAUCGUACUCCAGCUCAGACCAAGUGUGUGCCACCCUGUCCACUGCUUUGGGUUCUUCAGAAUCAUCUGAUGAAGAACCUUCCACCAACACAGCAGAAUUGCUGCCUCAGGUACUACAACCUUCUGUGGAGACGAAUGGGGAUAGUUGCGAUUCCCCCGAGAACUGUGUUAUUGUUGGCUACGUGAAGCCACUAGCUGAGAGAACACCUGAACUUGUGGAGCUGUCGUCAGACUCUGAGGAAUCUGUUGCUGAUGGUGGGAAAGGUGAAGAUGUUCAGAAAGUGAAGCCCAUCCAGUACCAGAGUUUCAGUGAUACCGAUGCUAGCGGCUAUGCAUCCCCAUUCUCUCUUGGCUCCAGAGAUGGGAGUGUCAGUUGUAAAGCUAAUGUGUCCCAAUCAAGUAAAAAACGAAAAUCCAAAAGGAGUGAAAAAGGCAAAAGUAAAACAAGUGAGAAUGGUUGUUUACAAAACUCGCCUACAGAGAGAGAUUAUGAUUAUUAUGAUGAUGACUACAGCUUAUCCAAAAGAAGGAAAUCUGAAUCUUACACACAGCAUUCUGUCCGAGAGCACCGUGGCUUGAAAAGUAAGAACAAGGAUCGUGGCAUGGAAAAACAAAAAAGGAGGAGAGAGAGCAGCAGACAUAAGCACAAAAAGGACAAAAAGAAGUCAAGGACCAGAGACAAAAGUCUGUCUCGAAAAAGCCAAGUUCUCUCUCUGAGCAAUGAAAGCAUUGACUCCCAAGAACUAAGCAGAUCACGGUCUCAUAGCAAGGAAUACAGCAAAAGAUCAAAGAGCAAAGAAAGCGAUAAUUAUUUCAGAGACAGCUACCAAAGCAAGUAUGACUGGGAAUAUGGUUUUCGCAGCAGGAAUACAUCCCGAGAUAGCUAUAGGAGGCGGACUCCAUAUUCAAGGCAUUCUAGCCCAGACUAUGGAGUCCGCUCCUUUUCUGAACGGACCAAUAAUCGAAAACCAAAAGAUCAUAGCAGAAAUUAUUACUAUGAAAGGAAUAGACCAAGAAGUCGGUCCAGCAGCCGAUCUCGCACUCCUUCUCGAGGUUCUGAUCGAAUAAGAUCAGAAAAACCCAGCGGCAAAAGGAAAUAUAAGACCCGUCACCUUGAGGGCACACGUAGAGACAGUGAGGAAACCUCUUCUAUAAAAGAGAACAGUAUACUUGGAAACCUUUUGCCCAAGCGUCAGGAUGCUUACAAAAGGACAGGUAGCAUAUUGGACAGCCCACCUGAGCCUGAAGUUCUACAGAAAAAGUUGAAAAAAAUGUCAAGAAGCCCAAGUGUGGAGAUUAUUUAUGAAGGGAUGGCCACAGACAUGAUAAAGCAUCGUAAAAAGAAGAAAAAGUGGGGAAAGAAGCCAGAAACAAACCAAGUGAGCUACUCUCUCCUUUCUUCGCCUGUUGUAAUCACAAUCGACAGUGACAGCGAUAAAGCCAGUGAAAUCCAGGAUAAUACUGAAUGUGACAGUAACAUUUCCUGGAGUCCUCCAGUUCCAUUACCCCAAAAUGAGAGGCAGACAGAAUCCCCAUCAUCAGUCUUGGAAGCCAGAGAUGGUAAUUGUGACACAGCUGCCCAAGCAGAAAAUGCAAACAAGGAAAGCAGCGUUACCCCCACAAGGAACGAUGUAGGUGAUGAAACUCUAAAUGGAGCUGAACAGCCGCAGGGAACAGGUAACGCGCGUACUCCUUCUGUGACAGACAAUAGUAGUGCCCCAUUUGGCCCAGGACAUGAGCUGAGCAAUGGAGAAACAGAGUCUCUCGCGCCCUUGCCAACCAACAAAGCGUCCUUGUUACGUCUGUCAAAGCUUAGUGAACAUUCAUGUCAGCUGGACUUAUCAAAACAAAAUGUAUAGCUUUGUAAUCAAUGUUUUAUGAAAGUUUUUUUAAAUAGAUUUUUCUGGGGUAGCACCAAACCUUCCAGUUUCUGUGCUAAGAUUUAUGAAACUACUUCUGUGUGAAGUACAACUAGCCCACUAAAUCUAGGAAAUCUGCAUCCCCAGAGUCAACCAACCAUAGUUUGAAGAUAUUUUUUUUAAAAAUUACAGAGAACAAAACCUUGGUAUUGCCAUUAUAUAUACAGUGCGCCCGCAUCAUACGCAGGCGCGUCAUACGCGGCUUCCAGCAUAUGCUGGAAGCCUGCUCUGGAAGAAGCCUUGGCACACCCAGAAGAAACAAUGCAUUUUUUUUUGUUAAACGGUGGGGUCCAGAACAGAUCGCCCAAGUAAACAAAGGGUGCAUUGUACAGUGAAGGACAUCCUUUUGUUACUCCAGCAUAUACAGUCGUCCCUCCGAAUUCAUGGUUUUGAUUAUUCAUGAGUUUGCCAGCUCCUCCUCCUCCUCCCCCUCACUCCUUUCCAUCCCCUUCCUACCCUACCCUCCUUGCCUCCUUUUGCAUGCCCCCCACCUAGCUUUGUCUUAGGAGGCUAGCAUGGGGCCUUCCCUCAGUUCAGGGGCACUCCUGGCAAGCCACCAGGGAGAUAUCACCGGGCACAUGCCCUGCCCCCCUCCACCACUGCCAAAGGCUGCCUGCUUGCUUCUCCUCUCUCCCUGUCAUGGGGGGGGGGGGGAAUGGAGGAGGGGACUUGAAUAUCCAUGAAAUUUCAAAUUCACUGGGGUUCCCGGAGCGAAUCCACCACAAAUUCAGUGGGAUGACACUAUAACAGGACUUGAACAUCUGUAGAUUUUAGUAUCCAAUUGGGUAUCCUGGCGUGAAACCCCAGCAGAAACCAAGUGCCCACUGUAUGUGUCAACUUGAUUUUUUGUACUUCAGCCAAAAGGAAACAAUAUUACUAGUUGUUGCCACCCCUUUUUUCAGACUGUAUGUUAUCUGUUCCUUAUGCCACAAAAUUGUGUUAUAUUUUCUCUUCUGUAAUAUAGAUCCACAAUAUCUGCUUUUUAAAAAAAAAAAGUUAAAACUUAGAAAAUAAUUUUAUUGCUAUUGGGGUGUGGGUUUUUUAAAAUGUGAAAACUGGGGGAAACAAUUUUACAUUUAUCAUAGGCUUAAUUUGUAUAGUUCACUUUGCCCUGUGCUAAGAAAACUUUCUCUAAAAAUGUAAACUUAGGAAAUCAAUUCUGUUUGUUUUUUUAAUUUGAAAGUUAGGGGGGGGAACAGUUUUACUUUUGCUAUAGGCUUGAUUUGUACAGCUCAUCUUGUUAUGUGUUAAGAUAAGAAAACUUCUUUUCUAUCAGGGAUUUUUCUUUUCAGUGUGCACCAUUCAUAGGCUGAGGUCUCUGUUUCUGCUGUUUCUCUGCCUCAGACUAAACCUCUUGCUUGUUGCCUCUUCCUUGCUUCUGUUGAUCUCUCUCUUGUAGGCAUAUAUGUAAGGUUAAUUUAGUUUGUUAUUUAAAUCAAUACUUCACAACAGUUUUAAAAUAGAUUGUUGAAAUCUCUUUGAAAUGUAUUCUCAAAUAAAGAUUAAUUUAUUUUUCUUGCA